CCUCAGCAACAUUUGAAAGAUAUUAACGAACUUUUGGAAAAUAUAACAAAAUUGGGAAUGAAAAUAAAACUUAAGAAAUGUAGCUUCGCAUCUCGUGAAGUCAAAUUUUUAGGUUUAAUUGUAGGACGGGAAGGCAUAAAACCCGAUCCUGGUAAAGUAGAAUCCAUUCGAAAUUAUCCCAUACCCCACACCACAACAGCAGUGCGUAGUUUUCUGGGUAUGGUAGGAUUCUUUCGAAAAUUCAUCCAAAAUUUUGCUUACAUUGCAAGCCCAUUACACAAUCUCACCAAAGCAGAUCAAGAGUUUGUAUGGUCAGACAAAGAACAGCUAGCUUUUGAAACAUUAAAAGAACAGUUAUUAAAAGCUCCUGUUCUGAAACCACCGAAACCUAACCAUACUUUUGUACUUGAAAGCGAUGGAAGCAACAUUGCUAUAGGGGCAGUAUUGCUACAAUCAGAGCAUCCCAAUGACCCAUUAAAGAAUCUGCAUCCGAUAGCUUUUGCAAGCCGCAAAUUGAUAAAAGCUGAGAGGAAUUAUGCUCCCAUAGAGAUUGAAGCGUUGGGAUUAAUUUUUGCUAUAACCCAGUUUCGCACAUACAUCUUGGGAACGCAUACGAUCUGUAUAACAGAUCAU